UCCCCGCCCUCUUCUCCACCGCCACCUCCAGGUCCUCCUCCCACAGCCGCCGCAGCUGGGGCGCAGGAGCCACCGCGCUCCGCCAGGUUCCCAGGAGCCGAGGCACCGGCAGCGACCCGGGCGCCGGGAGGACUAUAAUAUGGAUUUAGAGCUCAAGGAUUAUUAUAACACAACACUUACCACAGAGAAUAAUACUGCUCCUGCUCAGAAUUCUGAUUUCCCAGUUUGGGAUGACUAUAAAAGCAGUGUUGAUGACUUGCAAUAUUUUUUUAUUGGACUCUAUACAUUUGUAAGUCUUCUUGGUUUUAUGGGAAAUCUUCUUAUCUUAAUGGCUCUCAUGAGAAAGCGUAAUCAAAAGACAACUGUCAACUUCCUCAUAGGAAAUUUGGCCUUCUCUGAUAUCUUGGUUGUGCUGUUUUGCUCACCUUUCACACUGACAUCUGUCCUGCUAGAUCAAUGGAUGUUUGGCAAAGUUAUGUGUCAUGUUAUGCCUUUCCUUCAAUGUGUUUCAGUCCUGGUCUCAACUUUAAUAUUGAUUUCCAUCGCUAUUGUCAGAUACCAUAUGAUAAAACAUCCUAUAUCUAAUAAUCUUACACCAAACCAUGGUUACUUCCUUAUAGCUACUGUGUGGACUCUUGGCUUUGCAAUUUGUUCUCCCCUUCCAGUAUUUCACACUCUUGUAGAACUUCAGGAAACGUUUGACUCAGCGUUGUUGAGCAGCAGGUAUUUAUGUGUUGAGUCGUGGCCAUCUGACUCAUACAGAAUUGCUUUUACUAUCUCUUUAUUACUGGUACAGUAUAUCCUGCCACUAGUUUGUCUAACUGUAAGUCAUACCAGUGUCUGCAGGAGUAUAAGUUGUGGCUUGUCCAACAAUGAAACCAAACUGGAAGAAAAAGAGAUGAUCAACCUAACUCUUCAUCCAUCCAAAAAGAGUGGACCUCAAGUGAAACUCUCCCAGAACCAUAAAUGGAGUUACUCAUUCAUCAGAAAACACAGAAGAAGAUACAGCAAGAAGACAGCAUGUGUGCUCCCUGCUCCAACAAGACCUCCUCAAGAGAAUCACACAAGAACACUUCCAGAAAACUUGGGCUCUGUGAGAAGUCAGCUUUCCUCAUCCAGUAAGUUCAUACCAGGGGUCCCCACCUGCUUUGAGGUGAAGCCUGAAGAGAACUCAGAGGUUCAAGAAAUGAGAGUGAACCGUUCUAUCAUGAGAAUAAAAAAGAGAUCUCGAAGUGUUUUCUAUAGACUGACCAUAUUAAUACUAGUAUUUGCUGUUAGUUGGAUGCCUCUGCACCUUUUCCACGUGGUCACUGAUUUUAAUGACAACCUUAUUUCAAAUAGGCAUUUCAAAUUAGUAUAUUGCAUUUGCCAUUUGUUAGGCAUGAUGUCCUGUUGUCUGAAUCCAAUACUCUAUGGAUUUCUUAAUAAUGGGAUCAAAGCUGAUUUAAUGUCCCUUAUACACUGCCUCCAUAUGUCAUAACUCUCAGUGUUCACCAAGGAAAGAACAAAUGUUGAGCUCACCUAAGAUACAUUCGUGAUUACUAUGUAGAAUACAUUUUAUUAACAUAUGACAAUUUAUGUAUACAAGUUCUGGAUUUAAAUAUCAGUUCGUGAUAUCAGUACAUAGAAAAUGAUUUCAAUCUGUUAAAACACAAUAAAUGUAUUCAGCUGUACAAAGUCAGUGUCAAUUUAAUUGGUCAUUUUAUUUCCAAAAGAAGUUAUGUUACCUUCCAUUUUAUCUGGUCUUAUGAAAAAAUGAAUUGUGAUAUUUGUUUAAAAUAAAAGUUACGUCUAACC